CAAAAUGUUGAAUGGCAUUGUGGCACGUCACUCGCCGCCAAUGCGGAAUGAUGCCGCCGAAAAGAAUGGAACCUUGCUUCGCUCUGAUGGAUGCGUCGGAUCCCGACUCCUGAAAUUCAAAGAUGUAGGCACCACUACUUCGUCUCUUUGUUGGACCGCCGGCGCGAGCACAGUGGUUUCUGACCAGGAACAGGAACCUAUUCGAAUUUGGAUCUUGACAUGUCGGUGCUUUUUAACCGUAGGCAUCUUUCCAGGAAGUUGGUGGGCUCAUCAUGAAUUAGGUUGGGGUGGCUGGUGGUUUCGGGAUCCCGUAGAAAAUGCUUCUUUUAUGCCUCGGGUAUUAGCCACAACUUGUAUUCAUUCAGUCAUUCUACCACUUCUGAAUUCUUGGACCUUGCUUCUGAAUAUUGUCACUCUUCUAUCCUGUGUCUUAGGAACCUCUUCAAUACGGUCCGGGUUGAUAGCUUCCGUUCAUAGUUUUGCGACAGAUGAUACACGAGGACUCUUUCUCUGGCGCUUCUUCCUUCUAAUGACCGGCAUAUCUAUUAUUCUUUUCUCCCAUAUGAAGCAACAGGAAUCGUUCCAUAGAACCUAUCAAAAAGAGAUGGUUGUGGCGCGAGCACGAGGCGGUAGAUAAUCAUCCUGAGAUCUUCAGGUCUAGUGGCAUAAAUAUGUUAUCCUUCGCUUUCUUGAUCCCUUUUCUGUUAUUUGGCUCGAGACUACAUGCAUUC